CACAGCUGUUUAUCCAAAACAAACAUUGACUUGUCAAGUCAAGAGGAUUAGCCUAUUACGGGCUUUUUCACGGUUCUGUAUUGGUUUUUGUCUUCAUAAUACCAGUGUUUUUGCCACUCUUAAUACAGAAACAUUUAAGAGCCGAGCUAAACUAUUACAUCAAGGGAAAGAACAGCCCUUGAACGGGGAAAGAACAACCUUUAUAGCUAUUUCUUAAAAUGGGGUUCAAAGAAUGUUGUUCGACCUUCGUGGCAGGGCUCCCAGAUCCUGCCAUACCUCUCCUGCCGUCACUCUUGCUAGGGACCUCAUUUGCCGCAGUUUUUCUCGUCAUUGUCUACAAGAGACAGACAAAUAAGCCAUACAGAGAAAUUGCCUUCGAGGUGGGGAAGAUGCUGAUGUGUUCAUUACCUACCCACGAUGACACCAAAGCAGUGUCAGCAUGUAAGAACCCCAGUUGCGUCAGAUGUCAGAAUUAUAAAGAAGUGUCAGAUAAACUCAUUAGUCGGUUUGAAGAUAUGAAAAAGCGGAACAUCAAGAUGACGUCAAGGGUAGAAGAAGCGGUUCAGAGCAUCAAGGAGAAGAUUAAUAACCCCACCAUGACGUCGGACCCUGUGCCAAUUGGAACAGCUCGUAAAUUGGUGAAACGAAGAUCGUCAUACCAAAACCCAACCAUAUUCUAUAUGGAUCUUGCUGCAAAUGCCUACUGGGAUGACUUCAAUGUGUAUACUCCUGAAAUAGAGCUUCUGAAGCUGAAUUUUAAAGUAAUUCUAGAUGAAUUUCAAGAUGUUUUUAAAAAUCUCCAGAAUGGCAGCAGUCAUGGUUGGAAAUUGAAUGAUAUACCCAAUGGUCAUUGGUGCAUUUACCCUUUCAUAGACCAAGGAGUCGUUGUGGAAAGAAAUUGCAGAAGAUGCCCAAACACAGCUACAAUGCUCGGUUCACUGCCAUCUGUGAUGAAAGACUGUGUUUUUGGAAAUUCUUGCUUUUCUAUAUUAUAUCCCAAUUCUCAAAUAGAACCACACUAUGGACCCACAAACUUGCGACUAAGGUGUCACUUAGGUUUGAGUAUACCAAAUGGAUGUUUUCUAGAAGUAGCAGGACAACAACGUAAGUGGGAAGCCCAGAAAACUAUAAUUUUUGAUGACUCAUUUGAACAUUCAACUACUUUUGUAAAUAAACACAGUUCACUACAAGCUAUGCCAAGAGCAAUUCUCAUGAUAGAUUUUUGGCAUCCUGAUAUAUCUGCAAACGAGAAGAAGCUAUUGUUAGAAUUGUUGGCUCCGUAACAAGCAUAAAGGAUUGAGAUAUUUCUGUUGGUUAUUUAAAUCAAAAGUAAGUCCAUGUACUUAUAUAUAUGUAUAUUACAAACCCUCUGGCUUUUACUUAUUAUUUAAAUGCCUUAAAAAGUUGCUAAAGCAUGAGUAAAAGGAAAGUGGUUUGUUCUAAAAUUAUUCAUACAAAGCUCAACAAAUAAUAUAUUCAAGUGCACACAGGUUUUCCCAGGGUUAGAAAAUCCUGGUCAGCUGUAAAAAGAAAAAAAAAAUCUUCCAUGUACAAAAUAUAGUAUGUGAUAGGUAAGAUGACAGUGGGGUAGUGCUCUCAGUGCACUUCAUGCUGCAAUCUUUCCAUUGGUUUACCAGCACAUGCUGGAUUUGUCAUUUUGUCAAUUGUAAAUGGUAUUUUUCUUUGUCUUUGAUAGACAAAAUUGUGUAAAAUAUUGGUAGUUUAUCUGUUAGGAAAAAUUUAAUUCUUGAUAAGUGUUAAAUAUCUGUCUCAUAAUUUAUUUCAAAAUGAAAAUGUGUUUUCCCCACAUUUAUUUAAAAUGAUUUACUACCCUCCAUGUAGUUCUCAACCUAAAGAUUAUUUUAAAAUACUGUAGAGGGUCAAUGAGUUUUAUUAUAACUCCAAAGGUGAUUCCAAAUAUUAAAGUCAGGGUUGAUUAGCAUUUUUUAAGUUGUAACUUUCACUUAAUUACAGUAGGUAUAGUUAACAAUAUUUUAGUCAGAUUUAGCAAAGAAAAAAUUGUUUCCUGUAAGGGUUACAUGAAGUAUAAAUAAAAAUUAUAUAUAA